UUUUUCACCCACUAGGACCGGGGUGGGUUGGGUGGGGGACAGGUGUCCCCCUGUAAAAUAUAGCGCAAGCUGCAAUCUGCAUCCAGCUGUAACCCAGGAGUAAUAUCAGAGACAAGUGAGAAUGACCACUUUAACUCACCGGAACCGUCGCACUGAAGUAGGCAAGAACUCUGAAAAGAAACUGGAAAAUGAAGAAGACACAGAUCAAGAGAAGAAUGCAGACCUUGCAGACUCCGGAGCCUCUAAGGAUAUCCGUCUCACCCUGAUGGAGGAGGUGCUGCUCCUAGGACUGAAGGAUAAAGAGGGUUACACAUCUUUCUGGAAUGACUGCAUCUCAUCUGGGCUGCGAGGGGGCAUCUUGAUAGAGCUGGCCAUGCGAGGUCGAAUCUGUUUGGAACCUCCCACCAUGCGUAAGAAGAGACUACUGGACAGAAAGGUCCUGGUAAAGACAGACAGCCCAACAGGUGACAUCUUACUGGAUGAAACACUCAGGCACAUUAAAGCAACUGAACCCAAUGAAACUGUCCAAACAUGGAUAGAAUUGCUCACCGGUGAGACCUGGAACCCUUUCAAAUUACAAUACCAGCUGAGGAAUGUACGAGAGCGAAUUGCAAAGAACCUAGUAGAGAAGGGUAUUCUAACUACUGAGAAGCAGAAUUUCCUUCUAUUUGAUAUGACUACUCAUCCCGUAACCAACACAACAGAAAAGCAGCGACUAGUGAAAAAAUUGCAAGAUAGCGUACUAGAACGGUGGGUAAAUGACCCUCAGCGAAUGGACAAGCGAACACUGGCACUUCUGGUGCUAGCCCACUCCUCUGACGUGCUCGAGAAUGUCUUCUCCUCUCUGACAGAUGACAAGUAUGAUGUGGCAAUGAAUCGAGCCAAGGACCUGGUAGAAUUGGACCCUGAAGUGGAGGGGACAAAGCACAGUGCCACAGAGAUGAUCUGGGCUGUGCUGGCAGCCUUCAAUAAGUCCUAGAGCCAGCGGGUGGGUUUCUCCUUUUCCCUGCUGCCUGGUGACUGUCGGAGACCCCAUCGCUGAGUUUUGUGGAAGGAGGUGUUUUUGCAUCACAUUUUUUCCUUCUCUUGAAUCAGAUUUAAUGAUUUGAGGCAAGGACAACAUCAGGGCUUCUUGUGACAGUGACAGUUCUAAGUAGACUUUUGUUUGCCACGUUAUGCUUCCACUCCAGAGGGAAACAUCAGGUAAAGGCGUACACCCACCCAAUAAACAUUUGCUCCCAUCUUGACUUAGUAUCACCCAGUGAAUUUUUGGACAAGCAGGAUUUUCUAGUGGGGUUUAGACUUCUUAGCCACAGAAUAGAAAUGAGAUAAAGGGCAAAUCUUGUAUUCUAUUUUUAAAGUUUGUUUUCUAUCUUGAAUACACGGUGGUUUCAAA